AUGGAUGCCAUUGACCUUGCCAAAGAUGGAUUUCAGAGUCAUCUGUUAAAAUAUUCUGAUUCUCAGAACACGUCAUCUAAUAUAUAUUUGCUCAAUUUUAAGAUUUCCCUUGAUCAAAACAUCUCAAACUUGAGUAACACGAUGGCUGGUGAUGGUGACGUUGCUGGAGAAGAUGAAACAAGCUUGAAGCCCCUUGGAAGGUGCUCUGUUGUCUAUUAUGGGGUGGGGCACAUGCUCAAUGACAUAACGUCCGCCUGUUGGUUCACAUAUCUCUUAGUUUUCUUGACAGAUAUUGGUUUAUCCCCGAGUGAUGCUUCUAUAGUCAUGCUUUCGGGACAGAUGGCUGAUGGAUUCACAACCAUUGUUGCAGGUGAACUGAUAGACAGAUUUGGACAUUUUAAGAUCUGGCAUGGUGCGGGAUCUGCCUUAGUUGCUGUUUCAUUUUCUUCCGUCUUCGGCGGCUGUUUGCCUUGCAAAAUUUUUGGCUCCGAUUCAUCUACUCUGCAAACUAUUGGAUAUAGCGUGUUUGCAGCUAUCUUCAAUGUAGGCUGGGCAGCUACUCAAGUGUCACACAUGUCAAUGGUGAAUUGCAUCACGCUGAAUUCUACGAGCAGAGUGGUCUUGACUAGCUGCCGCAAUGCUUUUACCAUGGUCGCCAACCUUAGCCUAUAUGCAGUUGCUUUUGUAGUAUUUAAGAUCAGCUCAUCAGUGACUGUUAUUGAUGUUGAGAAUCAGUAUCGCUGGAUAGCAUAUUUGUCAAUCUUCAUUGGAUGCUGUUUCGUGUGUGUAUUUCAUCUUGGGACUCGAGAGCCAAGAUUGAAGAGAGAAGGUCAUGCAAAAAGUAAUGCUAGAAUUUCAUGGACUUACUGGUUUAAGAAAAUUCUGUACUACCAAGUUGCACUUGUUUAUGUACUCACUAGACUAGUGACAAAUGUUUCACAGACAUUUCUUGCUUUCUACGUCAUCAAUGAUUUGCAAAUGGCCCAGUCGUCAAAAGCUUUGGUUCCUGCAAUCAUCUAUAUCAGCAGCUUCAUUGUAUCAAUCCUCCUACAGGAGAUUGGACGGACCGGUCGAUGGUUAAAGGUUUUCUAUUCUGUUGGAGGACUUCUAUGGAUAAUUUGUGGUUUGGGCAUAUUGUUCCUGCCAAGAAGCAUGAAUUCUGUAGUAUAUGCUUUGUCGGUAGUGAUUGGAGCAGCAAAUUCAUUGAUGGUGGUGACUGCAGUAAGCAUGCAGAGUUUUCUAGUUGGUGAAGAUCUCAAUGGCUGUGCCUUCGUUUAUGGGUCGUUGAGCUUUCUCGAUAAAAUAUCAUGUGGGUUGGCAUUAUGCGCUCUCGAGUCUUACCAGAGUUCUACUCCAGAGCUGCAGUACUGCAAUCCAUUAUAUUUCUGUUUUACUGUGACAAGAUUUGGAUUAGGUCUUGUUCCAGCCAUUUGUGCACUUGUUGGGGUGCUGGUGACAUUCAGCAUGAAACUCCAUGUACCAGCUUUAUAUCCUUCACUGGAACCUUUACUGGCAUAG